UAUGGAUGGGGUCAGCAGUACCGGCAUGUGUUACAAAUUCGUACUGAUUGCAUGACAGCUCUAUGGUUGCUCGAAGUCGCAUUCCAAAUGAACUUCCAAGGAUCUUCAGAGUGUGGCUCAUCAGCCGGAUUAGCUCAUAUAUUUGAUGAUUUGAUUGAAGAGGCCUGCAAGCCAAGACACAACGAGCCAUCCGCGUUCUCUCCAGAAUUUGCUUGGGAUGUCAUCAGUACCGGAAAAAUUCCGUUCUUUGCCUUUGCUAUGCAGGCUCCUCUGCUGUAA